AUGUCUGUCCGUCUUGCCGGCACCGCUCUUCGCGAGAUUCGCAUCCACGUCUGCCAGAAAAGUCCAGCAUCGGCGGGAGUCCGCGCGUUCAUCGAAAACGACUAUGUUGGAAUCAAAAAAGCCAAUCCACAGUUCCCAAUUCUGAUUCGUGAGGCGUCUGGCAUCGUGCCAAGAGUUUUCGCCAGAUACGAGCACGGAGUUGAGCGAGUCGCCACUUUGGAGGAUUUGUCGAGAGAAAAUGUCAAAUCUACUAUUACUCAAUUGGCGUCCCAGAAAUAACCUGGCGAAGAGUUUAGAGUCGAAAAAAAAUUCUAAUUUUUUAAUUUUUCCUGUAGAAAUUCAUUGAAUAAAUCGUUUUUAU